GUCGCCCUUUCACAUGCGCUGGACUGGCACGACGCGACAAAGCUGCCACAAUUGUCGGAAAUAACCCGCAAAAAGACGAGGAACUACACCUUAUCCUCAAUACAACUUGGGUUGUUUUUUGCGAGUUGAUACGGCAUCAAUUGCACUGGAAGGAAGCUCCCACUUGAGGUGCAGAGCUCUUGCAGAUAGCUCCUGUUGAUGUGGAGACAGCUCUCCGCGUCGUCAUCUGGACGUGUUUGGGCUGAUUGUGUCUAGCUGUUGUCGCCCUUCUUCCUCUUGACCUUUUGAAUACCAGUAUCACACUAGACAACAAACUUUGAUUAGCACUUAGAGACCACACAAGACACGAUGGUGCCUCUACUCCCCCGCAUGCAUCUGUUUGAGAUCGAUGAUCAGCCGUGGUUCCCACCGUGGUUUCGAUCAAAAGUACAAGCUGCUCUGACAAUAGCUUGGACAGCACACAUUCCCUUCCUCCAAACCCGAUCCCCAGCCCAAACAGUCGCCAACCUUCUCUCCGACACGCUCGGCCAAGCCGUAUUCGACUACGUCUUUAUCGACUUCUGCGCCGGCGGCGGCGGUCCCACGCCCUCGAUCGAGCGCCAUCUAAACGCCACCCUCCCGCCCUCAUCCCAACAGAACGAAGAAGAAGGAGUCCAAUUCGUCCUCACGGACCUCCACCCGCACGUGCCCGACUGGAAGAAAGCCGCCGCCGAAAGCUCACACCUCAGCUACGUCGCGGACCCGGUCGACGCCGCCAACGCGCCCGCCGACCUCGUCGGACAGUACAAGGACAAAGGCAAGAAGGUCUUCCGGCUCUUCAACCUCGCCUUCCACCACUUCGACGAUCCUCUGGCCCGCGCCAUCCUCAAGAACACGGUCGAGACCAGCGACGGGUUUGGCAUCUUCGAGCUGCAGGACCGUACACUUCCCGGUCUGCUCAUGCCCAUCCUUUUUGGUAUUUGCAUCCUGCUUUCGGCGCCCUAUUACGCCCUCUGCGUCUGGCACUCGCCCUGGACGCUGGUGUUCACGUACCUCAUCCCCGUCCUCCCCUUUGUGCUGGUGGGCGACGGCAUCGUCAGCGCCUUGCGCACGCGCACCCCCGAGGAGGUGGCGCACCUGCUGCGCACGUGCGGCGCCGAGGGCGGGCCGGCCGACAUCGAGAAGUGGGAGGUCAAGAGCGGAAAUGAAAUAUUUAUGUGGCCGAUUGGACGCGUCAACUGGAUCAUUGCUACGCGGAAGAGGUAGGACCUGCCGCUUGGUAUGAGGCCACUCCAAAUGCCGCUUGGUACGAGGCCACUCCAAAUGC